GGAAAAAUUAUACGAAGUAAUCAAGUUAGUGCUUACCGUGGUACAUUGUCUAAAGGAUAAUUCAACUAAUAAAAUCAUGAAGAUUGCUGCUUUCGUUCUACUUUCUUGCGUUGCGCUCGCGGCUUCAAAAGCUGUAGACUUAACACCCGCUUUUCCAAAUGCCGCAGAAAAUGCGCCGACAAAUGACUGUGCAGCCGUAUGCUUAUGGUCUGGCAUCUACAAUUUCCCAAGUUUCCGAAGCUGUCGCCGUUACAUUCACUGUGUACAUGGAUUCCAAUUCGAAUUAGAGUGUACACUUGGUGAACAAUUCGAUCAUAGAAGUCUAAGAUGUGUACCUGAGAAUUCGGGACGUUGCAUUUUGGAAGGAAUCCCCGGCUCAGACGAAAGUUCCAGUAGCUCCAGCAGCUCAAGCAGCUCUUCUACAUCCGAAGAAACAUCUGAAGAGACAUCUGAAGAGACAUCGGAGGAGACUGUAGCAUAAGUGCUAGUCUAAGUGGAACCAAACGGUGUUUUGGUUUUAGAAUAGUGAAUGAUUUAUAGUUUUGCGUUAGUUUUUGUGAGUGCGGAGAAUGAAUGUUCCAGAAUUGGAAAUUGUUACAUUAAAUGUACACUAAAUUAAUGUGCAA